AUGUGGCUUGUGUUGGAGAAUUUCUUUCGUCCCCCAUAUACUAUAUAUUAUCCAUAUGAGAAGGGCGCUUUGAGCCCUCGAUUUCGAGGAGAACACGCUUUAAGGCGAUAUCCAACAGGGGAAGAGAGAUGUAUUGCUUGUAAACUUUGUGAGGCUAUUUGUCCCGCUCUAGCAAUUACUAUUGAAGCUGAAGCGAGAGAAGAUGGCAGUCGUCGCACUACUCGUUAUGAUAUUGAUAUGACAAAGUGCAUAUAUUGUGGAUUUUGUCAGGAGGCAUGCCCAGUCGAUGCUAUUGUCGAAGGACCAAACUUUGAAUAUGCCACAGAAACACGCGAAGAACUUUUAUAUAAUAAGGAGAAAUUGCUAGCGAAUGGCGAUAAAUGGGAACCGGAAAUCGCGAAGAAUUUAGAGGCUAAUCAAUAUUAUGUGUAA